AUGGAACCAAUCAUGGAGAUUGAAGACCUCGAGAACAUCUUACACGAUGCAAACGAACAACAAAGGGCAGUGUAUUGGUUGAUACUAGAUCGCGCCUUCGACUUCAUUCGCCGGAUGCAGAUACAGCACGCGAAGUCGUCUUCAACACCACUGAUGGUAUUUCCUACCGUGAACGAUUUCUUCGCGACACUACCCGCAGAUGACCCUGCUACGCUGCCGAUGUUGAACAACAUGCAAUUUACCAUCGUCGGAUACAAAUGGAUGGUGACACUCGCAAAGUCCAAUGCGCUGAUUCAGGGAAUCACGUCCCUGGGUCAGACUAGGCCCAUAGUCAACAGUCUCCAGGCUCUGCUCGACAAGACGAGUGAAGUGAGAGACUUCAAGGAAGAGGUGGCACCCAACCCUGUCGACGGCGAGGCAUCCGACCCUGGCAACGGCGAGGCAUCCAACCCUCCUGUCACUCGGAUAAUCAAUCCUAUCAGCACCGUGAUCGAUUUUCUCGCUGCCAGGGAGUGGUGUCGUCGCCGGGACUGUGUCGAGGCACGGGAAGCUUUUGGCCAGCAGAACGGCACAAAUGACAUCCCUCUGGACCAGGCCACCCAGAAAAAGUUGGCCGGACAGUUAAGUCUCGCCGCGAUGAACGAAGUGGGAAUGGUUGACAACUUGUACCACGGAAAACCGGGCAAGAAGAAACUCAACUACAUCAUCAAGCGCUUGCGGGAAUUGCCGACAUUGGCGGUGUCAUUGCUAGGUUGGGAAGCUGUGUUCGACGCGAUAGACAGCCAUCUUGGCAUUUCCCAAGUCCCCAUCUACACGACAGAUCUCGAGAUUCAGCCCUAUCGGCUUUUCACGGAUCGAUAUGAGAAGAUGAAGGAGCUGUUCAGCAAAUCCAAAGCAUCGGUGAUGAACACGUUCUCAUCGCCAUUCCUUGCUCGAUUUGCCGGCGAUCCAAAGGCCGAGGUCCAGGCCAAUCCCAGUACCAGCAACAAGCGGCCGAGAGAUGACGACACCACCAGCGAUAGUGAUCUGGAUCUCGAGCAUAGCAUGCAUCCCAACAAGAAAGCACGCGUGCAGAACCCGGAAUCCGGAGAGCAAGCUGUGGAGUUGCCCGUGGGAGCAGCUUUCCACCCGGAGUCUCAUCUCGAAUAA